CUCAAUAAAGGGUCAUUAAAGUCGUUUAUUAGUAGCUGCACAGCUCAACCUCAAGAGAAAGAGGAAACGAGGAAAGAAAACAAAAACAGAAAAGCAAAUAGUGGGGUUGGAUCGGAGUCUGUCUUUGCUGAUUUGAUCAAUGGCGUCGAAAAGGAUCCUCAAGGAGCUAAAGGAUUUACAGAAAGAUCCCCCUACUUCUUGCAGCGCUGGACCUGUUGGUGAGGAUAUGUUUCACUGGCAAGCAACAAUAAUGGGUCCUCAAGACAGUCCUUAUACAGGGGGGGUUUUUCUAGUCACUAUACAUUUCCCCCCUGAUUAUCCAUUCAAACCUCCAAAGGUCGCAUUCAGGACAAAAGUGUUUCACCCAAAUAUAAACAGCAAUGGCAGUAUUUGCCUUGAUAUCUUGAAGGAGCAAUGGAGCCCUGCUUUAACUAUUUCAAAGGUUUUGCUCUCAAUUUGUUCACUUUUGACGGACCCAAACCCUGAUGAUCCCUUGGUGCCUGAAAUAGCUCAUAUGUACAAGACGGACAGGGCCAAAUACGAGCAAACUGCUAGGAGCUGGACCCAGAAGUAUGCUAUGGGGUAGUCUGAUCUGCUUGCCAGGACUUGGAACUAUGUAAAAAUGAUUUGCCUGUUAAACUGUGCUUGUAUCAAACAAAAAUGUAGAAUACAACUUCAUAUUAUUGCCCGCUUGAAGGACAAAAUGUUGAUUUUUGAUUGUUUUAUGUGCAAUUAUGACUGGGGAAGCCUAAAUUGUUGAUGUGAGAGAAUCCUCUAAACAAGGUGAAAGGAGCUACCUUUUGACUUUUGUGCCUUGUUUGUGAUGCUACUGCAUCCAAUACUUCUAACUUUUAUGUAUUUCAGUGAUUUAAAUGAUAUUUAGAUGAUAAUUGCGACAAAA